AUGAGGGGGCUCCGUGCCCACUACCACCUCCUGCCCAGCCAGGAUGAGGAGCAGCCCAUGGGAUGUGGGGACCCAGCCGGAGAAGGGCAGCUGGGCUCGGGGGGAGCCCCAGCGGCAGCCCCAGCCCUGGAGGAGCCAUGCAUGCUGGUGCUGAGCACGCCAAGCAGUGUCUUGCGGGACAGGGAGAUCCAGGAGCUGGGCCCCCACCUGCCCCCCCGGCUGAUGCAGCAGCCCUGGCGCCUGCUGUACUGCACCGGGCGGGAUGGCUUCAGCCUGCGGACGCUGUACCGGCGCGGGGGCCAGCAGGGCUGCCCCACCCUGCUGCUCAUCAGGGACACCGAGGCGCAGGCUUUUGGAGCCUUCUUGGCCACCACGAUUCGCUGCAGCAAUGGCUUCUACGGGACAGGCGAGACCUUCCUCUUCUCCUUCUCCCCCGAGCUGAAGGUGUUCAGGUGGACAGGCAGGAACAACUUCUUCGUGAAAGGGGAUGUGGACCUGCUGAUGGUCGGUGGGGGCAGUGGUAGAUAUGGGCUGUGGCUGGACAGGGACCUGCACCACGGGGGCAGCCACCCCUGCGAGACCUUCGACAACGAGACCCUCUCGCCCCGGGAGGAGUUCUGCAUCCAGGACCUGGAAGUGUGGGGCCUCGCCUGA